AUGGUAAACGUAGAACCUGCAUUCCCGCGAGGUUCUAGCACCAUCCCUGGUCGUGGAGCUUUUUCUGGACGCGGUCGAAAGCAGCAUAAUGCGAAACAAGUCACUUCCUUCAAGCGAUAUGGUGCGGUAAAUUUUCGCGAGCAAAAAGCUGCUCGUCUUCGGCCCAAAGAGCGUCAACAGGUAAUGCAGAGUGAAAAGGAAAUGGACGAAGGUGAUGUACAGCAAGCCUUGAAUGCUAGCAGUCUCACGAACAGCACCAUUCUAACCGGCAUGCUCAUUUUGGGUUGUGUGAAAUACAUCAAGGCAGCGAGUAUGGAGGUGAUACUGCCGGGACGUAUAAAGGCAAAUCUGCCAAUCACAAAUAUUUCGAAUGAAUAUUCCGCACGGUUGCAGCAAAUGACCAACGACUCACAACCCGACGAUAGUCCAAAGUUAAAAGAUAUGUACAGCAGCGGAGAUCUGAUAUACGUGAAGGUGAUGGAGGCAGGCAAUGGUACGCGCCAGCGUGUGAUUGUUUCGGUGAAACCAAACGAUCUGCAUGCCAAUUUUGCACCGGCACAGCUCGUUCCCGGCUUAGUGCUGGCGGCAACAAUUGUAGCCAAGGAAGAUCACGGAUACCUGAUGAAUGUUGGUAUACGGAACGUGCGUGCCUUUCUGCCUGAUGGAAAUCUUGGUGAAAAUCCAAGCGACAUCGGCCGUAAUAUCGUUUGCACCAUCGCACAGGUUACCCAGCUCAGUCUCGGUGCGACUAUUGUGCUGAAGGCUUUCAACCCGAACACUCCGUGGGUGUUGAAUGUUGAGGAGGCUUCGCUGGAAACGGUAGUACCCGGUUGUCGACUACCGUUCACCGUUGGUGAACCGGUACAGUUCGGUCUGCGAGGAAUGCUUUUUGAAGAUACGGUACCCGCGUAUGUCAAUGAACUUAUGCUCACCAAAGUAACGAGUACGCCGACCAAGUAUACCAUGUUCAAGAAAAUACCGGCGACUCUGCUGUAUGUCAUGCCACGUACGAAACAGGUAUUUGUUUCGCUGCGACCAUACCCUAACAAUCGGGUCAAGGUAGAUGUGGCCAACGGACCGGGUACGACUAUCGAGAAUGCUUGCGUGAAAUCUGUAGAUGGAAUGGGAAUUUGGCUUCAAUUUGGCAAUAAGCACCGGGCACUACUGCCACGCGCAGUUGUAAUGUCGAAUGUCACCGAUUCGGGCAAUGUGGACGAGAGUGUCGUAAUGGGAAACUUCCCAAUCGGAACUACGCACAAAGUAAGCGUAGUACAUCACGAUCCUCUCAUCGAUCUUUACAUAGUCAAUAACGAUCCUACGCUAAUAGAUGCUGAGGUCCGAACUGCGGACGAUAUCGUUAUCGGCAAAACGUACAAUUGUUUCGUAACUGGCAUAAAAGGAAAUAGAACGUUUGUGAGUGUUGGUCAUGUAAAAGGCACAGUCGACCAUGAACUGCACGAUGUCCAAAACCCGCUCAAAUUUAGAGAACGCGCAUUAGUAAAAGCCGUCAGCCACGUAGAAGGUUCGAUGUAUGUACAAUUUACGAACCAUUCGUUGCUUUUGAGCGAUAAAGCUCUCAUUCUACAGGACUGGGAUCAAUUGGAUGCAACACGAAAAGAUCAGCGCUUUCACGGUAUUGUUAGUCAAAAUCUCCAAGACAGAUUUCUUGUAAAAUUCUUCAACAACAUGAUUGGUAUCGUGUACAAACAGAGUGCAGAGAAUGAUCCUGCCAAAUUAGCAAAGCUUCGUUUAGGUAACGUACUGGAGUUCACCGUGGCAACAUUUAACAAAGCAAGGAACAACAUCGUACUUGUACUUCCGUACACUGACGAGGCGGUACGACCCGUUGUCGUUGAUGCAACGAUUACCUGCCUGCACGCCACGGGUGUGGAUGUGCAGACGAGUGAUGGCGAAAGCGGUACCAUCCCAUCCGACAAUUUUUCCGAGUUUGGCGCCCACAAUCCACUCUACAUGAGACUGCUCCAGGAAGGGCAAACAAUUCCCGUUAUAAAAAUACAAUCCGGUACGUACAGCUUCCGGUUGAAGGAGUACUUCAAGACGAAGCCAAUGAAAGCGGAAUACGUGCUAAAAGGAGCAUUGCUGAAGGGAAGCUGCAUUACGGUGGAUGGCAUAGUCUUUGCAACACCGUUGCUUACCAAAUGCAUGCAACGAGUCGUAGCAGUGAAACAGGGACAACCUGCUUACAUUCCUGACGGUUCUACCAUUCUGAUGCGUGUGCUAAAUGUUAUGUUAACCCCCGACAAAGGGUACACCUUGCAACUGAACAAAUCGCUAGAGAAGGUGUGCGAAAAUGGCAUCGAUAGCGUGCACGAAUUUGUGGCCGCUUAUAAGAAUGAUGUCGAUGAUUUGAUUGAAAGAUACCGGGAGAGACACUUCGCGUUUGCCAACUACACCAUCGGUCAGCCUGUUGAGUGUGUGAUCGAGAGCAUCGUUCCACAUUCGGAAAAAAUCGCCAUAGAAGUGCAUACGAUCGGUAAGGGAUUGAAACACGCUUCCAAAGGCAUUGGUACCAAAAUUCUACCACAAAAACCGGCCUCAUCGUACAAGGUCGGAAGCAAGGUGCCCGGUCGCGUAGUGUGGGUCGAUGUAGAGCGAAUGCUGGUGCACGUCUGCUUGGACCAAUCGCUGUUUGAGCGAAUUGCGGUGAAUAACGCACAGACAGCUUACCCGGAGGAACCUGCAGAUGCUUGGGUAUUGUUUGAGAACAAAUUCAUACAAGUUUGUUGUCUUAAGCAGGGUCCGGUUCAAUUGUUACUUGUACCGGUAAAGCAUCAUUACAACGAAUUUAUAACCACUACGAACCAGGGCAAUACGACGAAAGUUAAGUUGAUCAAACCCCUGGGAUCGUUGUGUUUAGCUAUGCGUGAAGAAAUGAUCCUUAAGUAUAGUUCUUACUCGGACGAUUCGGAAAAUGAAACUAAGCAUAAGGUCGAAAAAUCGGAAAAUGGCAGUGACGAGCACUACAACGAUGAUGAACAAAUCAUCACCAAGAGUAAAAAGAUUAAGAAGAGCAAAGGUUUGAAGGUUUCUGAUAAAGAUGGUAAAUCCAAAUCUAAACCGCUGAAAAAUGGAAAGCUAAAGCGUAAGCUUGCUGACCAAGAACUGGAAGUUCAAUCGACCGUAGCAGCAGCAGAUGAAGAAACAAAUGAAGUAAAUGGCAAAAUGGCGCCCAUUAAAAAGAAAAAGAAGGUCAACGUUAUAUCCUCCACUGCGAAGGGACUGAAAAAUUCUCCGGAAGCCGAGGAACAAUCCAUCAAGAAAUCUUCUAUUCUUUUGGUUGGAAAAAAGGAAAAAACGACCAAAUUGAAGAAAAAGAAAAUGCAAGGUUUUGUAAUCGACCAGCUGGAUGGGGCCAAUGAUUUUUAUCUACACCAGCUGGACGGCAUGGAUGAUAGCGGGUUGGUCGGACCGUCCGGUAAACAGGGGGGAGCACAAAAGCGAAAGCACAUCUCCGGCAACCAAGGACUGCCAGGUGCGACCAAUUUCUGGGAUAGUACACCGGUCUACAAACGCUCGGCCGCUGACACGAGCGAUGACGACGGGUCGGACAGUAGCGAUGGCGAGCAAGCAGUCCCAAAAAAGCGUACCACCGCAAAGGAACGGUUCGAGGCGAUGAAGCAGGAAGAGAAGCGGUUGCGCAAAAUAGAGGAAGAGCUGGCCAACCCUUCGUUCGAUCCGCACACACCGGACCAGUUCGAUCGGCUGGUGUUGGCACAACCGAACAACAGUAUGCUUUGGAUACGUUACAUGGCCUUUCACAUGGAAUCGGCAGAAUUGGAGAAGGCCCGAGCGGUCGCUCGUAAGGCGCUAAAGGCGAUCCAUUUCCGUGAAGAAACCGAUCGUCUGAACGUUUGGCUAGCGUUGCUAAAUCUAGAAAUUCGCUACGAAACGGUCGAUAGCUUCAAGGAGGUGUUGCAGGAAGCGAUACAGUACAAUGACGCGUUUAAGGUGUAUACGCGCGUAAUUGACAUUUUGAUCGAUUGCGAAAAGCAUGCCGAGGUGCAGGAGUUGCUGGAGCUGCUGCUGAAGAAGUUUCGCAAACAGAAUGAUAUGUGGUACCUGGUAGCGGACGCAUGGUAUCGCAUUGGGCAGGGCAGUAAGGUGAAGCCGCUACUAAGCCAGGCCCUGAAAUCCUUGCCGACACGUGAUCAUAUUCCAUUGAUUGUAAAGUUUGCCUUCCUGCACAACCGUAACGAGAAUCGGGACGAGGCGCACCUGCUGUUCGAACAGAUACUGACUUCAUAUCCGAAGCGUACCGACAUCUGGUCCCAGUACAUUGACAUGCUGGUGAAGGACAAUCUGGUUGGAAAUGCGCGGCAAAUCUUGGAGCGUGCGAUCAUGCAGCGUUUACCGUUGAAAAACAUGAAGACGCUUUACACCAAGUACGUCAACUUUGAGGAAAAGCAUGGCGAUCGCGAUAGUGUGCGACGUGUGAAGCAGAUGGCGGCGGACUAUGUUCAGGCUCAGUUGAACAAUGCGGGCAUUAAGGGCUAA